AGCAAAUAAAAACAGCAAAAAAACCAAAUUGAACCGUGAAGAACUUCAAGCCCGGCUUACCAAUCCCACUAAUGGCAGCCUUUCCCGGCAAAACCCACCUCUUGUUCUUCUUCUUCACCUUCCUCUCCCUCUUCUUCUUCAUCCAUGCAAGACCCAGUUUGGAUCCUUCAGAUCUCAAGGCCCUGUCAAUCAUUCAAAAAGACUUGGGCAUCAAUGGUCAACGCCGAGCUUCCUUCACCGCACCAUGUAAUAUUCCUGGUGUUUUCUGUGAAAGAAGGCUCUCAGAGAACAACACCUAUGUUCUCAAAAUCACUAGGCUCAUCCUCAAUUCCCAGAGGCUUACCGGUUCUCUGUCACCGGAGAUUGGAAAGCUGUCUGAGCUUAAAGAGCUUUCUCUGUCUAACAACAACCUCGUUGACCAAAUACCAUCUCAGAUACUUGACUGCCGGAAGAUGGAAAUUCUCAACCUUGGAAACAACAAGUUUUCCGGUGAAGUUCCAUCCCGACUAUCUUCUCUAAUCCGCCUUCGAGUCCUUGAUCUUUCUUCCAAUAAGUUUUCCGGGAAUUUGAGCUUCUUGAAGCAUUUUCCCAACCUGGAAAAGCUUUCCAUAGCUGAAAACCUUUUCACCGGGAAAAUCCCAGCUUCCAUUCGAUCUUUUCGCAAUCUCCGGUUCUUCAACUUCUCCGGAAACCAGUUCCUCGAAGGUUCAAUGCCUAGCAUGAAGAGGUUGGAAUACUCAACUUCAGAGGUUCCUAAACGUUACAUUCUUGCUGAGAGUCCAACGUCCGGAAGAAACAGAAGUUCAGCAGCAGCAGCACCUUCAAAAAGUAACUCUACAAGUGCUGAAGCUCCAGGUCCGUCGACUCCAAAAACUCACAAGAAAAAAGAGAACAAGAAGAAGCUAAUUGGUUGGAUACUAGGAUUUCUGGCUGGAGCUGUAGCUGGAACUAUAUCCGGGUUCGUCUUUUCUCUGCUAUUCAAGCUGAUCUUGGCUGCUGUCAUGGGUGGAGGCAUGGACAAAGGCCCUGCAAUCUUUAGUCCUUUAAUCAAAAAGAAAGAGGAUUUGGCUUUCUUGGAGAAAGAAGAAGGACUUGCUUCGUUGGAAAAGAUAGGGCAAGGUGGUUGUGGAGAGGUUUACAAGGCUGAACUACCAGGAAGUAAUGGCAAACUGAUUGCUAUAAAGAAAAUUAUUCAACCACCUAAGGAUGCAGCAGAAUUGACAGAGGAAGAUAGCAAGACUCUGAACAAGAAAAUGCGUCAAAUCCGGUCUGAGAUUAAUACUGUUGGUCAUAUCCGACACCGCAAUCUUCUUCCUCUGUUGGCUCAUGUUUCUAGGCCUGACUGCCACUACUUGGUGUAUGAAUUCAUGAAAAAUGGUAGCUUACAGGACAGGUUUGGUAACGUUGAAGCAGCAGUUCAAGAGUUGGAUUGGUUAGCAAGGGUUAAAAUUGCUCUAGGAGUGGCUUCUGGGCUUGAAUACCUUCACAUGAAUCAUAACCCUCGUAUAAUUCACAGAGAUCUUAAGCCAGCAAACAUACUUCUUGAUGAUGAUAUGGAAGCUCGGAUUGCAGAUUUUGGGCUUGCUAAGGCAAUGCCAGAUGCUCAUACACAUAUCACAUCUUCAAAUGUUGCAGGAACUGUGGGAUACAUAGCACCGGAAUACCAUCAAACACUCAAGUUCACAGACAAGUGUGAUAUUUACAGUUUCGGAGUGAUCCUUGCUGUUCUGGUCACGGGAAAGCUUCCAUCUGAUGAAUUUUUCCAGAACGGCAACGAGAUAGGUUUGGUUAAGUGGUUAAGAAGUGUGAUUUCAGAGAGUCCUCGAGAAGCAAUUGAUCCGAAGCUAAUGGGCAAUGGCUUUGAGGAGCAAAUGCUUUUAGUUCUAAAGGUUGCUUACUUUUGCACUUUGGACAAUCCAAAGGAGCGACCCAACAGUAAGGAUGUAAGAUGCAUGUUGUCUCAGAUCAAGCACUAGGUGUGUAUGGAAAUGUUUUUAAGGUUGUAGGAUUUGUAACGCAUGUAAUAAAAGUUGUAAGUCAUGCGUUUAAAUGGUCUGUCUUUCACUGGGUUGGUUGCUCUGGAUACUUCAAGGUUUAUGUCUCCUAAGUUCGUGUUUAAUACAUCAAUGUUUUGUUCCAAUUUUCUAUUUUAAAGCAAGAUAGAUUAUAAAAUCUUUGCAUGUUUUUAUUCUAUAUUAUCA